AUGCCUGUGGACAUGCUGUCUCCUGGAGCCCGGGACAUACCCGCCCUACCUUUCCGCCUGAGGACCAAGGUCCCGGGCUACCUGCUGCGAAGGCCGGCAGACGGCGGAGCCCGGAAACCCAGUGCCGUGGAGCGCCUGGAGGCCGACAAGGCCAAGUACGUCAAGAGCCUGCAUGUGGCCAACACCCGCCAGCAGCCUGUGCAGCCCCUGCUGUCCAAGCAGCCGCUCUUCAGCCCCGGGACUCGCCGCACGGUGCUCACUCCCAGCCGCCGAGCCCUGCCUGGCCCCUGCCGCCGGCCCCAGUUGGACCUGGACAUCCUCAGCAGCCUUAUCGACUUGUGUGAUAGCAGCCCGGUGUCCCCUGCCGAGGCCAGCCGGACCCCCGGCCGGCCAGAGGGAGCCCGCCAGGACCCUCCAGCCACCCCGCCACGCCCACCUCCCAGCACCGCUGCUGUCCGCCGCGUGGAUGUCCGUCCCCUGCCGGCCUCACCUGGCCAGCCCUGCCCGUCACCGGACACUGCGGCCUCCAGCCCAGCCCGGCCCCCGGGCCUGCAGCGCUCCAAGUCAGACCUGAGCGAGCGCUUCUCGCGGGCAGCGGCCGACCUGGAGCGGUUUUUCAACUUCUGUGGCCUGGACCCCGAGGAGGCGCGCGGACUCGGGGUGGCCCACCUGGCCCGGGCCAGCUCGGACAUCGUGUCCCUGGCGGGGCCCAGUGCUGGGCCAGGCAGCUCCGAGGGGGGCUGCUCCCACCGCAGCUCGGCCACCGUGGAGGAGCGGGCCCGGGAGCGCGUCCCCUACGGCGUGUCAGUGAUUGAGCGCAACGCCCGGGUCAUCAAGUGGCUGUACGGGCUGCGGCAAGCGCGGGAGACGCCGGCGGUGGAGGGAUAG